AUGGAUUUAGUUGCGACCCAUGUGGCAGUUACUGCUUCCGAUAAUAUGACGGAAAAAUAUCAGGAGAAUAAAAGCCCAGAGCCUCAAGGAAACGAUAAUACUGAGAAAAAAGUUCAGGAAACAGAUAAAGAAAAGGAAAAAUAUGACACAUCCAAACCCAAACAACAAGAUAUUGAAAAUGAUCUUACUCACCAGUCAGCUGGUUCAGAAGAAUAUGAAAUGACUGCCAUUCCUGAAAAUUCUCAAGGGGAGAACAAUGGUAACCUAAAGGUAUUAUGUUGUGAGAAAGUAUUUUUGUUAAUGGCUGCCUGCACUGCUGCAAUUGGGGGCAUCAUGUUUGGGUAUGAUGUUGGUGUCAUUUCUGGAGCUCUCCUUCAGCUCAGACAAGAGUUCCAUUUGUCCUGUAACCAACAAGCCAUUUUAGUCAGUUUUCUGCUCUUAGGAGCCACUAUUGGAGCAAUCAUAUCUGGUUUCCUGGUUGACCUUUUAGGGCGGAAACUGACUAUUCUUGUCAAUGGUAUUAUCUUUACUUUGGGUUCAAUCACACUUGCCUUGGCUAAGUCUUUUUACAUUCUUGUGUGUGGUCGAUUAUUGCUUGGGUGUGCUGUGUCUAUUUCUGCAGUAGCAGAGUGCAUUUAUAUCUCUGAAAUAGCCCCAGCAAAAAGACGAGGUUUGCUUGUAUCGUUUAAUGAAUUGGGCAUCACUCUUGGCCUUUUGAUAUCUUAUCUAGUCAAUUUCCUUUUCAUUGAUGUCAAUCAUGGAUGGCGAUACAUGUUUGGUAUUGCUGCUUUCCCAGCCAUUUUUCAGGUAGUGGCUAUGUUCUUCCUUCCAAAGAGUCCACGUUUCUUAUUAAUGAAAGGAAAGGAAAGGCAGGCUGCAAGAAUUCUGAAAAGACUUCAUGGCCAAACAAUGAUGGAAGUACAACUUAACUCUAUCAAAAUGGCUUUACUGAAAGAAAAGAGAUUUAAAUUCAAAGACUUAUUCCAGUCUAGCUAUAACAUGAGAGGACGCCUCAUUUUGGGAUUUGGUUUGGCCUUCUUUCAACAGUUCACAGGUCAACCUAACAUUUUAUAUUAUGCCCCUGUUGUCUUUCAAGCUGUUGGUUUCCCUUCUGAUUCUGCUGCUGAGUUGGCCACUUUAGGCCUGGGUACUGUCAAAGUGACUGCUGCUAUUAAUGGUAGCCUUUGGGUUUCUACUACUGUUGAACCAUUCAGGAAUUCUACUGGAAAAUCUGAGGAAUCUGCCAGCUUUCAUUUAAUUCAUAUAAUAACAAUACUUGCUCUAAUGGGCUAUGUUGGAGCAUAUGGCAUCAGUUUUGGUCCAAUUACAUGGAUCAUUUUGAGUGAGAUUUAUCCACCAGCUAUUCGAGGACGUGCUGUUGCCCUAGUGACAGUAAUAAAUUGGGCAGCAAACUUUAUAGUUUCAUCCAUGUUUUUGCAAGUGAUUUCCCUUUUCACAUUGCCAGGAACAUUCUUCCUUUUCACUGCCAUGUCAGUUCUUUCAGUCAUUUUUGUGUUCUUCUGCAUUCCUGAAACAAAAAACAAAAGUCUUGAACAAAUUUCCAAAGAGCUGUCAUCAACGCCAUUCAGUUGGAACUCCUUCAAGUGUAUCUGGUUGCUGAAACCCUGUUGUUAUAUUUUAACACAUUUUAGUUGCACAUUCCAUAACCCUUAUUCAGUGGUGUCAAUGGAAGACCAAUCAAGCUCCCCAAGAAGUCUCUGA